CUAGCGUUAGUAUUACAGCAGCAGUUAGAGUCACACUGGCUGUGCAGUUAAUGCUGUGCUCAUAGUGUUGUGUUCUUCUUAAGCUAAGGUUUUAACAUCUUAACUGUCUUAUAUGGUGUUCUUCUGCGAACGUUGAAAUACGAACUUAUCACCACUUUUAUUCAACCAGGCAGGUGGGGUGAGUUUCAGUCAUGGAGCGCGUCGUGGGAGGAGGUGUGUUUCAGCUGGUAUUAGCUAGUGCCGGGCUCUUGCUGCUUUAUCGGAUCCUCUCCCGCUUCCGACCAGGAGCUGCUCUGCAGGAUGCUGUGGUGGUCAUCACCGGGGCUAGCUCUGGACUGGGGAAAGAGUGUGCUCGGGUGUUUCACGCAGCAGGUGCACGACUGGUGCUGUGCGGAAGAGAUGCAGGCCGCCUGCAGCAGGUGAUCCAGGAGCUUACAGAGAGUUCAACAGGAUCACAGCGGCAUACCUACACGCCCUGCAGAGUGACAUUCGACCUGGCUGACACAGAUACGGUGGACAGAGCUGCAGAGGAGAUCCUGAAUUGUUACGGACACGUGGACGUCCUCAUCAAUAAUGCUGGAAUCAGUUACCGCGGCAACAUACUGGAUACCAAUCUCUCAGUACAGCGGGAUGUGAUGGAAACAAAUUACUUUGGGCCCAUCGCUCUCACUCAAGCGCUCCUGCCCUCCAUGGUUCAGCGGCACUGUGGCCACAUCGUUGUCAUUAGCAGCGUCCAGGGCAAGAUGGCCAUUCCUUACAGAUCUGCAUAUGCGGCCUCUAAGCACGCCACCCAGGCUUACUUCGACUGCCUAAGGGCCGAGAUCGAGCGCUACGGGAUCCCGGUGACGGUGGUCAGUCCUGGGUACAUCCGGACAAGCCUCUCGCUCAACGCCGUCACAGGAGACGGCUCCAAGUAUGGAGUUUUGGAUAAAACCACAGCGUCGGGUCGGGACCCCGCGGAUGUGGCUCAGGCGGUCCUGAAAGCGGUCCGUCAGAGGAGCAAAGACGUUGUUCUGGCCGGUCCUCUGCCUAGUCUGGCCAUCUACCUCCGCACUCUGUGGCCGGCACUCUUCUUCAAACUCAUGUCCUCUCGCGCUCGCAAGGAGCAGAAACCCAAAGAGGAGUGAUGGAGGAGAGGAAGUGGAGCGCUCACCACACACAGGAUAUGUUGGAGGCACAUGAAUGAGUGCUUUACAUGCAGGUGUGAAUACAUGCAGCUCUCUCAGUGACACAAACAAAACCAGAAGCUUGUAUGUUGAUACAGCAACUCUGUUGAGUGUUUUGACUAACUAAAUAAAGUCGCUAAGAGGCUAAGCUAGACUCAUUGCUGUGACAGUACGUGCUGCGUUAAUGUUUUAUUAAAGAACAUUAAACAAACGAUAGCAACAGGAGAUAUUCAAACCUAGCUCACCCUUCCUGUCCUCCAUACACCAGCAUACAGCCAUACCCAGGGGACUAUUUCAGGAAAUGAUAACCAAUUACAAAUUGGUGCGCUGUUAAUGAUGAAUGAUAAUACAAACAUUAAACUGCAAAAUGCUGAUUUGACUCGUACAUUUUUAACUGAUCAAGUAAGUGAGGUUUGUUAUACAGCUCACAGUUUACAAGUAACAAGACUGUCACGACUCAAAGCUUUGCUCUGGAGACGAUGUCAGUUUGUGACGCUAUUUUUCCAGUUUGCUCCUUUAACCACUGAGUUGGUUAAAAACAAAUGUAAUGCUCGGUCUUUAAUUUAUUCAGAGGAGGAUUUAUUCUGUCAGGUAUGGAAAAAAAUAGUGUCCGUGUACAAGAAUGACUACUAUUUCAAUUCCCUCUGUGUCCAACUGGUAAUCAGCAUUACCAGCCAUCUUUAAACUAAAUAAAGAGAACAGAUGAG